AUGAUCGAAAACUCUGAUCAACCAGACGAACCGAAAUACAAACUAUCCAGUUUCCUUUUCGGUAAUGUGGACAAACAAGGAGAAAUCGAAGAGUAUAAAAAUGACGAGGAUUUGAAAGCCAUCAACAAUAUUGAUCAGUGUCAUGUAAAGGAAGUUGAGGAAACUACGCAACUCGUGCUAGCUCCCGAUUCGAAUACUUUGAAUGAGUCCGAUUCUGUUCAGCCCAUUCAACUCUCCUCCGAUGUGCAUGUAAUGCCUGUCGAUUAUUAUGACGAACAGGAAGCGGUACCAGAUGAGUUGAUAGAUCUGAAAGAAAUUGAACACAGGGAUGAACUAAUCGCACGGUCAAAGGUUACGGACGAGGAUGAAUAUGACGAGGUACCAGAACCAGAGACGACCAAUUCUGACUUGGGUAAUCACCAAUCUGUUGAUGGUUUCACAUCCGCAUCUUCGACUGAGGCAGUGGAUGCCAACUCCAACGUUCCAGCUGACUCAACCCCUACGAGGAAGUGUUCGACUCCAUCUUUUCUGGACUCGGGAACACCAUCUCCAGCUGCUGAUGGAAUCAGAUAUGAUAAAAUAGAAGCAGACAACGAUACUGCAACUGAAUCUAAUCAGAUUUCACCCCGGUCACACACGGAACCCUGUAUCAAACUGAGUGAUGAUGAAGAUGCGUCCAGUAGGAUGCCACCUCCGCUGCGUCCCGCUCCCGUCUCCUUGUCCAGACAACAUCCGUCCAAGACUGUUUCUUCUCGUGGACCAGAAUCACCAAGCAGCGCUGGUGUUGGUACAUUAUCCUCUCCGAUCCCAACUCGUGUGGACAGCCCGGCAACGGAUCGGACAGUCAGUCCAUCCUCACUAAACGACCCGGUGACACUGAACACUCCUUUGGGUAGUUUGAUGCCCAUAGAAUACGCGAAUGUGGAAAUCACCGAACUGUUCCCGCAUUACGAUCCUGGUCGUACGCCUCGUUGGAGUCGUCUGUUCCGGUUACCUCACGCACCGAGCACCUAUCGUGAAUUCAUUGAACGCGCUCCAUUAUUGAACAGUCUCUUAGAGGAACGAACUGCACGUAGCAUGGACCGGCUCCAUUUGAUGUACAAUGACUAUUUGGAUCUGGGUCAGGUUCCGUUAGAAUCAGAAAUUGUGCUGCACGACGAAGUAGAAGAGCUGAACACACCUCUACCUCCUGGUUCAGAUUGUUUGGCUGGUCACGAAAAAUCCUGGUGGCGUCGUGCAUUCACGGCUGCCCUGGCCGAGGUGACCGAUUCGAACGGACAAAGAAUCACCGGUGGGAAAUCAGCGGCUAAUGAUGGAUCCGCUGUGGAUGAGUCAUCCGAAUCCCGGACGGGGAAAUCUGUUGGGAAAGGAAACGCGACAAGUUCAGUCGGUCAAUCGAACACGGAUUCGAAGGACUUGUCAGAUUCGGUCGCGCUUGCGAGCAAAGACCCGAACGGAGAGAAUGGUGGUGACAAAAUUAUGUCCCACGAAGAACUGUGA